ACCGUCGCGAAAACGCUCUGGUAGAGAUUUCUAUUGCAAUUCCCAUUUUAUGCCCCAACUCCCAAAUAUCUCUCAAUUCCAUUGUUUACCAACCAAUCGGCUGUUGGCAGAUAGCUUUUGAGUGUGUCCAGAAUAAGUUCUUCACCCCGACUAAUAAAUACGAUUAUUAAGAAUAAAUUUAGCAUUUUCUGCGUCACGCCGUUACACGCCAAAACGUAAAACUAUCCUUUAAAUUUCUGCAGUUUUGUUGUUGACAAUAUGUAAUAAACAAUAAAGUUCCAAAACUAGCAAGUCUAGUCACGAUAUAUUUGGGUUUUUUAGCAGCUUCUCCUUGCCGAUUCCUACUUGCGUACCUUCACAUGAAUUUAGAACACAAUCCCCUCUCAGUAAGUUUAGUAUUUCUGUAGUUUCACUCACUUCCGUGACACUUCAAACGGGUCAAUAAAGUGGUUGGAUAACUAAAUGAUGGAAAAGGGACUUUUCCCUUUCAAGGCUUUCAAGACAAUGGUAUCUUUCGUCGAUUAGCUUUUCUUAGAGCGAAGAAACAUUCUAAACACGUCGCUACUUUUUGGUAAAUACUUGAAAUAAAAUAUACGCAGGAUGAAUAUUAAGAAUAAAAAAUUUAAAUAUGUGAUGCAUUAUAAAUUCAGGGUCUUUCCCUCUGAACAAAGUCUAUCAUGACUAGGAAACAAUCAAAUCAUUGAACCAAGCAUGACAUUCACCCUCGGGAUGUGACAGACAGUAAUCAAUAUCAACUUCAUAAGUGUUUUCAUGGCGAAGUUCGGGGGUCGCUCUCGUUCAUGCUCUUACUUAACUAUAAGUUGCCCUCGCCAACGUAGCACCAACGGAAAGGGCUUAUAUUAAUCUAUGAAGAACGUAAAUGUGAAAUCUUAGGGACCUCCAUACUGAUGCAAGUCGAUCUCAAAUGGAAAACUUCGUCGAUCGUACCCCUUAUCAUGAAUCGAACAACAAUACGACCAGUAUGGCUUGGAAGAUCUUAGAAAUCUGACAAGAGCCGUUUCAUUUUACAUUCUGGGCAAGAGAAACAGAUUCAGAAAGCUUUUUCGCGACGUGACACAAAGAGAAACUGUCCGAAUAUGACAACCAAACACAAACAACCCAAAACUCCACACUCAGCAACUGCGACAGAUUCAGUUCCCAACGAGACUGGAGCAACAGGUCACCAAUCUGCUGUUUUUGACCAGAUAUCAUUCAGUAUUCCUGAGAAUGACCUCAACUCAACAACCGCACAAGCAAGAAUAGACACGAAUACUAAAACAAUGGACUUGACCCUUUACAACUGCAACUUUGUUGUUUUUGGCCAAUCUAGCACUGUACAUCAUUCUGAUUGUCACUUGCUUCGAAAAAGUCAAGAAGAAGCCGAUCCGAGGCGAGCAGAUUGCCACGUUGAACAAAUACGACCAAUGGAAGUAGAAGAGAGCAGUAUAGUGCAGUGUUUCAGUAGAACAGGUGUUUCUGGGGAGGAAAGUCAGCACAAACCAAACACCUCCUCCGGUGAAAUUUUACUGGAUGUUGAGCCAUCACUACCUGUGAUAAAAAAGCAAGGUUUCCUUAACGGACUGCAAUGUGAGGAAAUCCUCAGAAACCUGGAACUUUUACAGGACAAUGGAAAGUUUGAGCACCACAAGCGCCUCUUUAAUUUCUGUCUUGAACAAUGCGUAGAAAAAGGCAAUAAAGACAUGGAAGUAACAGCCAAUGAAAAACAAAUUCCAAUUGGAGAACAUUGCAACCAGGUACUCAAAAAGUUUCAGCUUUUUCAGGAAAAGGGAAGGCUGAAAGAAGAUGAACAACUGUUGUCUCUGUACUCCAGACUUUGCACAAAACGAGAGUACGCUGACAUGGCAUUAGCCCUAAUAAUUGAACAAGGAGUAUCAUUUAUGUACAACAAACAACUCAGCAAAAGCAAACUCUACUUCACUUCAGUCAUAGAACUCGCAGAGCAUUGCCAGCUAAGAAAUCCGAACAUUUUAAUGGCGAGAGCCUAUUUUUUACUUGCAGCCAACUGUAGUUGUAGGAAGCCCAGAAACUUUUCAACCUUUUUGGAAUGUCUGAGACGAAGCGAGGCUUUACUACAAAAUCACGAUUCGCCCGAGGACUGGGCCGAAAUGUACUACACUUUAGGCUUCAUCUGGCUGAAUUACAUGAGCAUGGUCCCGGAUGACGACAGGAAUGCUAAGGCGCGGAAGGAAAUCCAAGAAAAAGCAAAAACUUACUAUGAGUGGGCGAUUGCAAUCUGCUUAAAAGACCCACGCUCAAGGGUUCAACACAAAAGGCUGACAUAUUGCCACCUUAGUCUUGCAGCCCUCUUACUUGAUUGUUCCUCAACUGUCGCCAGAACUCGAAUAAAGGUAAUUCCAUCACAAGAUAUCAAGGACGCGAAAACACACCUUGAUAUUGUAGAAUACAAACUUGGUGAAACCAUUCCUCGAGGUACACGCGUGCAGAUUCUAAAAAGGCGUUCAGACCAAUACUAUCGCCAAGGACCUGAAAUGUAUCAACUGGCAAAAGAAACUGCCCAGGAUGCAUUCCAAAUGGCACGCAGCCAUGGAUUCAACACUGAGCUGGACUCGCUUCAAGAGCAAAUCGAUUUUCUCAACCAGUUGUGUGAAGACACAGUGUGUAGAGAAAGAAUUACGCUGCUUGUUGAUGGUGAUAGUUCAACUUCUGGCAGUGACUCCAGAUUUCAAGCAAGCUGCAGCGAAACUGAUGAGAAUCAGAACUUACCCACGAGCCAUCAAAAUCAAUCCCAGUGAGGUCCCGAAAAUGUGAACGUCCUACUAACCUGAUAUAAGAUCACAGACACAAAAUGUAACGAUAUUUUCCACUCUUCGGUAGUCCUUAAUGAAACAAUGAUUCAGAUACAGGAAUAUCAUAAAUAAGCAUAUGUAUAGUAAGAACAAUGAACUUCAUUUCUGCGGUUAUGUUGUUAAUUUUGAAGUUCUGUGUUAUCUUAGGAACAAUGAAGUUCCAAAAGUAACAGGUCUCAUAACAGUGUUUUGGCAGCUUUUCCUCGCUACUUGGGUUCCUUUACAGCUAUUUUUAAUGCACCCAGGAGUACAGUGAGUUCCGUACUACUUUAUCUCUACUCAGUCCACCCUUCAAACGUGUCAAUGACGGACAGCGGAAUUCAAAUUGGUUGGAUAACUGAAUUAUGGAAAAAGGAAUUUCCCUUUCAAGGUUUUCGAAACCUAUGUACACUGGUUUGUUUUUUACAGUUAUUUUACUUACAAAUAGUACGCUGGACAAAACUGUUCUGGAUCGACGUUUUACAACAAAAAAUGAAAACAAGAAAAGCGAUGCAAAUAAUUUUGUGAUUGUCUGAAACCUAAUUAAAUUCCAUACAUGGGCAAUCAUUGUCAUAUAGAUCACGCAAGGAAGGCUUGCGUUAAAGCGUAUCUAAAUUUGCGGACUGAAUCACAAAAGCACGGAAAAUUGCGCAAUUUCUAAGAUAGAAAUAGUUAUGGUUUACAUCGACAUCAUAGUGUUAGACCAGCGUUGUUGUGCGAAGAACAUCGUUGCGUGUUUGUGGAUAUUUUCAUGAAUUCGACGAGAUGGCAUGAGGAAGGAGCGAUAAUCCAUUUAAACAGCGCUAUAAUCCUUUGAUACAUCAGAGGUUUAGAGAAUCAAAGAUUCACGUUGUGAUGUUAUUACUGAACGGCCACAAUGCAAACCACACGAAGUUAUUUCAAUCUGUUAUGCAAGAAAAUCCGAGAAAAUGGCAAGUUACUGGUAGAUGGGCCCAGAAACAGGUGCGUAAACUUUACUAAAAGCACAAAUAGCAAUGCUUGAUAUUCUUGACUGACAACGCCUUAAUACAGCAGUAUGUUGUGCAAUUGUGGCUUGUACGAAGCGCGAUAAAAGGCAGCCGUCUUCAAAGCAGGAUGUCUUCAUUGGCCAAAUAAGUUGCAAGCCUUUCUCAUGCUUUCUUGUCAAAACUGUGACAAAAAAAUCCACCGGCACGUAAAGAGUUUCUUCGCCAAACAACACACCAAAUGUGACUCAUUUUUCUCAGAAAUCACGUAAUUUUGAAUACUUUGUGAUUCAGGUGCCAAAUUUGGACAAGGUGUAACCCAAGCCUUUCUUGCGUGACCCAUAUAAAGAUAAGUUUCAAUGUGUGGAAUUUAGUAAAGUUUAAGACAAUCAAAAAUUAUUUGUGUCACUAUGUUUAUUACAAUUUUUUUGCUGUAAAACGUCGAUCCAGAACAGUUUUGUUCAGCGUACUAUGCAUCACGAAUAUUCAAUGCACGGGUAUAGCUAUAUAGAUAUUCUGCUUCGCCGAGGGAAAAAGACAUCGCUAUUUCUCCUAUUAACUCUGCUUCCAGCGGAAAAGAAUUCUUAACACAUGUUAGACAACUGAGUUCUGAAAGACUUUUUUGUCGACAAGGUAGAUGCAGCAGCUUGAUGUACAAGUAUUUUAAACAAUCCUUGAGGUCAUUUCAAGACAUAUUUUAAUAAUAUAUUAAAAUAAGCAGGCAUCCGAUGUUCUCGGAGACUAAAAUAUAUCGGAAGUUCCAUGGUAUGUUGUUGAUGACCAACCAGACUGAUAAUACCGAUUAAAAGUGGUCAUUACACACACCGUCUUUACCACUCAUCAGGAAACACAUUUCCCCGACGGCGCCGGCAUUUUAAAUUAUCAGCUAUCUACUAUCGUAAGAACUUAUCACACAGGGGAAUUUUUGAAAAAUUGAAAGUUUAAUAUAACUCACUUGUUUGGUGGGGCCAAUAAAACAAGCCAAAUUCAAGAAAGUAAUUAAUCUACAGACUUGUAUAUCAGUUAAGAAAAAAAGAAAAAAAUUCCCUUCCGCGAAAUGACAAAAUAAUUAUGACUUAUGGGUGGCCCGUCUACGCAUGCAAAUCACAUGAGAUCUUGCCUGUUUUAUACUUUACACUCCAGCCAUAUUCAUUUUUGUAGCGUUUAGUCACCGCAUUUGGUUCCUCAUUAAGAAUAGAAAGCAAGGUAAGAGUCGACGUCUUCAGUCUCUGUAGGUCUUGUUGUAGGUGUAAGUAUGCAAAUGAAAUAACAAAGACUAUCGAAAUGAGAUCAAUCUCUGCGUGCAAGGGAUAAUUAUCUGUUUAGCAGUACUUUUAAGUGCAUAAUUAUUUUCCCCUUUCCUCUAGGGCAAAAGUCCACGAACACUGCCUGUAACGUCAGGUUCACAGCGACUGUUGAAAGGCUGAAUUGUCACUUGCUAGACAACUUGUCGCGAUGAGACUAGCGUGUGUGGGAGAUGCUUUACUAAUCGAAUAAAGCCAGAGAUCACGGAAAAUCAGCUGUGAUUGACGGUGAUUU